GAUGGACAUGGAUGAGUCCAUGAGUCCAACAGAGGAGGAGCGGGGUUUGAAUUACAGGCCACCCCCUCUCCAUCUCCCAGCCCCCCAGUACAGACGCUACAUUCAACAGAGGAAACGGAAAAGACGAAACACACAAGAAGCUGUUUGCAGCUGGCAAAAAGCAUCCGCCCUGUUCGGGAAAAGGGAACCGAGAGUGACCGGAGGAGGAGAGCGAUGCCACCCCAACCUCCCCAACCUCCCCAGCCGCAGGUGAGGCAGAACAUCCUGAAGUUCCUCAAGACUUUUUUGGGAAUCGUCCGGCUCUUGCAGAUCGUGUUCGGAGCAGGGUUGUGGGUCACCGUCGCCGCCAGCAAAUACGGGGGAUCCAUCCACUUCGUCCUGUUCGUCGCCGUGCUCUUCUGGCUCCUCACCCUCGCCCUUUUCUUCAUCACGCUCCUGGACAAGCAGGACCUCGUCCCGUUUGUGGGAGGGGACCGCUGGUUGUCCACCAACCUGGCGCACGACGUGGCCGCUGCGGUGCUCUACCUGCCGGCCAUAGGGAUCAUGAUCCACAACACGAAUAAAAACUCGUUCUGCAACCUUGAUCAGUACAAGCACCCCUGUCUGUACAAGGGCUACCUGACAGCCGCCGUCUUCUCCUGCCUGUGCUGUUUGGUUUAUCUCCUGUCGGUUAUUUAUGGGGCUUGCAGGAAGUGCAGGGGAGAACAAACGGUCAUCUGAUGAGACUAUUGGGCGUGAUGGCACGAGGAUUGGCAUAAGGGGUAUGGAUCCCUGAGUGGGGUGGGUGGGGGGUGUAUCCACAGCAAGAUGAGGAAUAGUUAACUUCACUGUAAUUUCACUCGACGGUCACUCUAAUCUCAGAUGUGUCUCCUAACCUUUCAGGGCAGUGGCGUGACACAGAAUCAGUCACUCUGUGGCCUUGCUGUCAGUCUAUCUGGUGGAUGCUAAUAAAAAAAGCAGCUCCUGAAGAGGCCAAAACCUUCCCAGAUUUGGGGUCUGAUUAGUAAUGUGCACAAGUGACAUGUCGUCGCCUCCUAGCAAAGUGUAAUGGUAGUAAUUUAAAAGCAUUUCCUCUAUAAAGAUUCAGUCUAAUAGUCAUGUAGGAACUCGCUAUAGCAGUAUAUUUAGUGGCCUUAACAUACAUUUUUAGACUUGUGUUGGUACUGCUGUCCAUCUAAAACCUCCAAUAGGAUUGUUUUUUUGUUGUUUUUUUAACAAGGAAUUGUUUUUUUUUUUAUAAAAAAAAGGUUAUAUAUUUUUAUGUGUGUUUUUGUAUGACAGCAAACUAUACUGAACAUAGACCAAAACACUUGUUGUUUAGUCUAACUCAGACGGUGCGUGCAUUUUUUUUUUUUUUUUUUUUUUAUCAGCGCUUUCUGUCAGAAUGCUGUGUACUCCAACAAGGUUGUGGUGACAGCAACAACAACUCGACAGUGCGGGGGUGCUACAGUGUGUAUGCCUUGAUCAUGUAAAAUCCAAGGAGUAAAGAAUAAAGACUUAGCAAGUGAGA